AUGGCGCAGGCGGCGCUGCAGCGGGUGGCCAGGGACUACCUGGAGCAGACGUCGCUACACGGGCCGCGCUACCUCACACAGCCCUGUCCAGAGAGGCUGGUGUGGCUGGUGGUGCUGGCAGCGACCGUGUGGGGCGUGGUGGUGGUGAUCGUGGACGUGUGGCUGGAGUUCAUGCGGCGGCCCACAGUCACGACCAUCGACUCGACCACGUUCCCCAUCUGGCGGGUGCCCUUCCCGGCCGUCGCCGUCUGCAGCGUCAACAAGAUGAGCCUCGCCGCCUCCACCAGGCUCGCCGAAUCCCUGUCCGAGGCGUCGGGCGUGUCCGAGGCGGAGGCGCUGUCCCUGCUGCGGUACGCGGGCCGCCUCUACGACUACGAGAGCAGCGACCUGCACAACAUCGACGCGCUGCACCAGCUGCUCGGCCGCUCCUACAACGUCACCAGCGUCAUGCUACAGGUGGCGCCCACGUGCGAAGACCUGCUGGUUCGCUGCUCGUGGCAGGGCCGCCUCCACAACUGCUCGCAGCUGUUCAAGACCAGGAAGACCAUGGAGGGCUUCUGCUGCGCCUUCAACUACGUGCGCGGCAGCGACGACUUCAUCAGGUGACCCUACUUCUCACGCAACGACCCAGGGAUUAAAGUGGACUCACCGGGCUACGAAAUGGGACUAACAGUUCUCGUGAACGACAACUACUCCGACUAUUUCUACCCACUGAUUUCGUCAUCCGGGACCAAGGUGCUGGUGUUCAACCCGCGCGACUACCCGGACACGCCGAGCGGCAGCCUGACGGAGAAGCUGGUGCCGCCGGGCAGCGAGGUGUUCCUGCGGCUGGGCGCCACCAGCACGUGGAGCACUGAGAGCGUGCGCGGCUACAGCCAGCAGCGGCGCUGCUGCCUCUUCCAGAGCGAGCUGGCCGACCUCUUCGCCGGCUACUACUCCUACAGCGACUGCCUCAUGAACUGCCGCAUCAGCAGCAUCGCCGCGCUCUGCGACUGCGUGCCCUUCUACUUCCCUAGCAGGGGCAACACAAGAGAGUGUAAUGUACUGGACAUACAAUGCCUCUCAAAGUACAGAGAGAAGUGGCUGACGCUUCGGCCCACCGACGACAUCGCAGGCCUGGAGGCGGAGCGGGAGGACUCGAUAUCGUGCGUCGAGUGCCGGCCGGCGUGCACCGACACCGCCUACAGCCUGCAGACAUCAUCAGCCCAGUGUGGUACAAUUCAGUACAUGCAAAGCAGGUUUAUGGAAGGCAUCGAGCUGAAAAACCACAGCGUUUUCCACCUGUUCUUCGGGAGUUCCGAUUCUGUGCGGCUGAAACAUGACACACUGUACUACUGGUACGAUCUCAUGAGUAACUUUGGUGGACUUUGCGGGCUCUUCGUAGGCUUCAGCCUCAUCAGCAUAGUUGAAUUUUUCUAUUUCUUUACUAUACGUCUUUUCUACAUCAUUCAAGAAGAGAACAGCAAACGUUCAGCUCAAAAUGGAAACCAAACAUAUGACAGAAACAUGCUGAGCCGGAAUUACAGUUUAGCUGGUCAAGAUAGUGAUCCCAAAGAAUUUGAAACACAGUGUUUCUAUCAGAGCGUGGGCAUUGAAAUUACUUCUGGUGGUAACAGAUUUUUCACUCCUCCAUUCAUUCACACAUUGCAGGCUACUUCUAUAAGCAAAUAUAGUGUGUGCGAUCGCGGGGUUGCACAGGUGCUGUCGGCGUGCAACGACCUGUCGGUGUUCGACCCGUCGACGUCGGUGGCGGCGCGGUUCUACUCGUCGCUGCUGGAGUGCGUGCGGCGGCUGUCGGACGUGACGUACGGCGUGGAGGUGUCGUGGCGGGAGGCGCAGGUGCCGGGCCUCCUGCAGACGCUGGCGGCGUGGGCGGCGGAGGGGGCGGCGGAGGGCGCGGCCGACGAGGCCCGCCAGCUGGUGGCGCCCGCGCUCGCCGCGCUCGUCAACCUCUGCCAGCGCAACCUGCCCGCCGUGGUCGCGCUCAUGCGCGCCGUCGACACGCGAGCCUUCCUCUGCACGCUCCUCUCCCGCAAGGACCCCUCGCCCGCCACCAAGCUGCAGGUGUGCAAGCUGGUGGUGACGGUGAAGCAGGUGCAGGGCGGGCUGCAGGACAGCGACGUGCUGAGCUUCUGCGAGGCGGCCUUCUGCGCCGUGGGCGACGCGCUCGCCUGCGCCGACGCCUUCCUGCUGCGCCAGAUCGUAGACUUCUUCGAGGACGUCCGCAACGACAAUCGCUGCCGCGCCGCGCUGUUGCGCUAUGAAAACUUCCGGAAGGACACGGAGGGCGUGCUGGGCCAGCUGAAGGACUCCCCGAAGCCGCAGUGCGUGUCGCUGCUGCUGCAGUUCCUGCUGCCGCUGGUGCAGCUGCGCAUCCGAGAGCUGGCGCCGCUCUACCCGGACGUGGCCGCGCUCGCGCUCAAGUCAGUGUCAAUUAUUAUGUUGAAAUAG